CGCUGUACCACGUAGGCACUAGCCACCCCCAAGGGCCAACCAACUCCCGCUUUCCAUUCCCCCUUCAUCGCCAAUGGCCGCCGCCGCCGCCGCUCUCGGCCGCCUGUUCCUCCUCCACUCCGCUCCAUCCCCCUCGCUUCCGUCCCCGUACCCGGCAGCCGCCUCCGCCCAAACCCUCCGCAUCCCCUCCCCCCGCCUCGCGCUCCCACGCCGCAUGGCGGGGGGGCCGCCGGCGGCAAUCGCCGGCGCCUCCGGCGACUCCGAUCGGGACCUCAGCGCUUCCGCGGUAUCCUUGGAGGCCCUGGAGUCCACCGUCAUAUCCUCGGAUUCUGAUUUGGUGAUGAAGGAGCCGAGCGUGGCGACGAUUCUCACGAGUUUUGAGAAUUCGUUCGACAUUUAUGGGUCGAUGAGCACGCCGCUGUACCAGACAGCCACGUUCAAGCAGCCUUCAGCAACAGAUUAUGGACCUUAUGAUUAUACUAGAAGCGGUAACCCUACUCGUGACGUUCUCCAGAGCCUUAUGGCUAAGCUUGAAAAGGCGGAUCAAGCAUUCUGCUUCACCAGUGGGAUGGCAGCGCUUGCUUCUGUAACUCACCUCCUUAAGGCUGGGCAAGAAAUAAUUGCCGGAGAGGACAUAUAUGGUGGCUCUGAUCGUCUGCUCUCACAAGUUGUGCCAAGAAAUGGAAUAGUAGUAAAACGAGUGGACACAACUAAAAUUAGUGAUGUGACAUCUGCAAUUGGGCCCUUGACUAAACUAGUUUGGCUUGAAAGUCCCACAAAUCCUCGUCAACAAAUUACUGAUAUAAAGAAAAUCGCAGAGAUAGCUCAUUCUCAUGGGGCUCUUGUUUUGGUAGACAACAGCAUCAUGUCUCCAGUGCUCUCCCGUCCUAUAGAACUUGGAGCAGAUAUUGUGAUGCACUCAGCCACCAAAUUUAUAGCUGGACAUAGUGAUCUUAUGGGUGGAAUUCUUGCAGUGAAGGGUGAAAGCUUGGCUAAAGAGAUAGCAUUCCUACAAAACGCUGAAGGAUCAGGUUUGGCACCUUUUGAUUGCUGGCUUUGUUUGAGAGGGAUCAAAACCAUGGCUUUGAGGGUGGAGACACAACAGGCUAAUGCUCAGAAGAUCGCUGAAUUCCUAGCUUCUCAUCCAAGGGUCAAGCAAGUGAACUACGCGGGACUUCCUGAUCAUCCUGGACGGUCUUUACACUAUGCCCAGGCGAAGGGAGCGGGCUCUGUUCUCAGUUUCCUAACCGGUUCAGUGGCUCUAUCAAAGCAUGUCGUGGAGACCACCAAGUACUUCAAUGUAACAGUUAGCUUCGGGAGCGUGAAGUCGCUGAUCAGCUUGCCGUGCUUCAUGUCCCACGCGGCCAUCCCCGCCUCUGUCCGCGAGGUCCGCGGCCUGACCGACGACCUCGUCCGGAUAUCUGUUGGCAUCGAGGACGUCGAGGACCUCAUCGACGAUCUGGACCGUGCGCUCAGGUCCGGCCCGGCGUAGAGGCGGCACGACCCCGCUGCCUUCUGAGCUCCGGUUCAGAAAUCAGAGUAGUAGAUCAGUAGAUGUGAUAUGUCUUGGCAAUUCAUUGGUGAACUGCAGCCGUAAUAAUAUCGGGAACGUUGCGUUUAGCAAAUUGCACUGGCAUUAGAAUCAUACACUACAUUUUCUCGUACUACACCAGGGAAUCGCUCUAACGUUCUCUUCCCUUUUCGGUCGGGCCUAUUGGACUGUCCAUCUCUAGACCGGCAUGGUUGGCGGCACACGGUGGUGCCGCGAGCAUCCAAUUGUGCGUUCUAGGAUUGCGUGUUUCUAGUCAAUUGCCUGUGGGAUCUCCCGAGGAGUAACUGAGGAUUUAUCUUAGAUUUUCGGUUGCAAUUUUAUGUUUGACCUCUAAAGUCCUUUAUGUAAACUCGGAUAAGUUGUGAUAAUAAUGUGAUAUUGUUAUGAUUA